CGGCCAGACGUUCAACAUUUCUCAUCUGCCUUCCUGUUGAUCACGCAACCUCAUAGCGAGCGAUGCGGGACCACACGACAGAGCUUCACGCCGCACGCAAGCUCAUGGAGGAGCUCCGCCAGCACGUGAACGCCUUCGACCCCGCCCGUCUGGUCUUUCAUCCGCCUGUUCUUGACAACUCGACUGGUACACUGUGGCACGGCGACGAUACACAAGGGUUGAAGAAGUUUCUCGACAUUAUCGAGCAGCAGCAUGCGCAACUGGAGGCGCUACUGGCCUCGGGUCUGCCAGUCCACCUCGAUCCCUUCCCCGUCGUUCAAAGCCUCGCGACGCUGUGGAAAUGUGUUGUCCUCGCCGAAGGCCCCGUCCCAGUCGUACGCAUGUCCAUCAAGCUUCCCGCCACGGUUCCAGUACGUGAAGGGUUCAUCGACGUUGUCGCCCGCGGCGGCGCAGAGUGGAUCCGCAUCUACAGCAAGAAAGUGUCGGCGCUCCUCGCCGAGUUCCGGGAGCAAGAUUCUUACCUGACCGACUCGGACGACGAGGGCGACUCUUCCCCCAGCGAGCCGCCAUUACAGCCGAACAGCCUUACACGGAUUGCGGACGACCUUCUUGCGCUGGCAGAAUGCGUAGAGCGUAUACCAGGCGCGCGGCCGCCGCAGAUCACGCUCCGACUCUCACGAAUCGAGGAGAACCCCGAGGGGGGCCACCCCGACCCGCGCGUCGGGCAGACACUUGACGUGAUCCGCAAGCGCGGCGUUAACCUCGUCUAUGGCGACUUCUCCGAUAUCCCUUUUGCGCGCCUCCCCACGGCCCUGUCUGCACCAGAAAGAGUGGCGCCGUCCAGGCGGCUUAACCUCGACCCGACCGCGCUCAUGGGCCUCUGCUCUGACCUUCUACACCACCCCCUUCCUUCCUCACCAGACGAGGCACGGGCGCGCUUUUACCGGCCCCCAGCCGUCGUCAAGAGCGCGGGACACGCGGGAGGCGGGCGCGGCAAUUGGGCGGGCGCCGACGAAGAUGAUGCGGCGCAGAGCCAGAAUUCGCGGGAGCUAGUGCGCGCUCUGCUGGAGGAGAUGGAGGCGCCGCUAGUCGAGACGAUCCGCGACACGCUCGACUCUGCGGGAACCGGUGAGCAGGUCGGGCUUUGGGCGACGCGUGAGGCCGUUCAAUAUCUGCAGGAAACGAUUAGCUGCGGCGAAGUUAUUGGGGAAGGGCUCGAACAGCGUCGCAUGCGCCGCCUCACGGGCCUCGAGGAGGGCGACUUUUGGGAAAGAAGCAGGUAUGCGGGCAAAGCGGGCUGUCUCACGCACAUGAGCCUGAACAUUUUCAGCGAGGACGGGGGCAUGAAUGCUCUGGCCAAGGAAGUCGAGGAAGUCGGCCUACGCGGCGUUGCGCGCCGCCUUGAAGGCCGCGCGUCCCUGGCGAAGGAAGCGCUCUGCGCCAACGGCAUGACGUCCACCCACCUCUCGACGGCCGCGAUAUGCACCACCUUCGUGGCGGAGUACCUCGCCGUCCUCGCGGGCGGGAUCAGCGCGGCGCCGGCGCUCCCCAGCGCCCUCAAUCCCCGCCGCAUCCCAUCGCCCCGCGUCGCGCAGCUAUCGACGCCUUUCACUGUUGUUGCGCUGCAUUCUCUCGCGCGAGGUGCCGCCGAGGGCAUGACGACGCUCAGCAUGAGCCACGUCGUGUUCCGCGACUUGUUCGCCCAGCGGCGUUGGCGCGUCAGAGGCUGGGCGCAGGGCAACUACGAGCUGGAGCGGGAGAAGGAGCUCGCGCCCAGCGCGCUCGAGACUCCGCACCCCGUCAACGCCGUCGUCUGGCUCCUGCCGUUCCGCUCGCUCGGGGAGGCGAAGCGUGUCAAGUUCGCCGCGGGCGACUACUCCUUUCCCCGCUUUGUGGAGCGCACGCUCAAGGAUGGAGAACGUCUUUUGUCGGGCACAGUCACGCCGGAGUCCAUGUAAAGUGUGUACGUCUCAUGUUGCAUAGUCUGUACCGUUACCAGUGAAACAUGUAUCCAACAG